GGCACAUCGAGGCAGGGCUCCGGGCAGAGGCACAUCGGGCCGGACUCCGGGCAAGAGGCACAUCCGGAUUACCAGGAGAAGCAGCAGGCACCGGGCCACCAGGCGAGCACAGCCGCAGGCACCGGUGGCUCCCAGGUGGGGCAGCAGGGCACCUGGGCCCCCAGGCGGGAGCAGCGGCAGCGGGCCCCCGGGCGGAGCAAGCAGGCACCAGGGCCCCCGGGCAGAGCAGCAGGCACCGGCCCCCUGGCGGGGCACCAGGCAUCCGGGGCCCCCCAGGCGGAGCGGCGGGCGCCGGGCCCCCCAAGGGGGCGACAGGUCCGGGCCCCCAGGCGGAGCGAC